GCGUACCAGCGUGUUUAUUCUUCGCACGCGUCUUCUUUUACAGUUAAUGUCUGUAUUAACACAUAGGUUUUUUUAUUUAUUUUGGCGGUGUUAUUUUUGUUGCUGGGAAGUUUGGUGGCUUUGCUCCCAGAAUUUAUCCAACUGGCCGCUGAACGUCCUGUCACUUGCCGUAGUAAUACAUCAUGUACAGUAUCUAACAGGCUGCUAGCUAAUCAGUCGGAUUGCUUGUUGGCUAAGCAGCUCACUACAGUUCUCCACAGCUAGUCCCACCCUCCACGUGGUGCGUGGUCGUCGUGCGAAGCGACCAAGAGCAAGCACUGCCACUGAGCCACACACAACCAUGAGUAUUGAGAUACCAGUGGGCUUGAAGGAACUGCUGGAGGGCUACACCGUAGAGGUGCUGCGACAACGGCCGUCGGACCUGUUGGAUUUUGCUGUCCAGUACUUCACCCGCUUGCGGGACACCAGGAGUCAAGACGGGGCCAGUGAAGGCAGCAAGACGGGAAAGGGGGUGAUGUUUGAUGGGGAGCCAAUGCAAACAGAGUCCAACGGAGACGACGAAGACGAUGACGACUCGGACUUUGAACCCCCACCACCAAGCAGAUUCAACAGAAGAGUGUCAGUGUGUGCAGAGGCAUUCAAUCCAGAUGAGGAUGAUGAAGACACAGAACCCAGAGUGGUUCAUCCAAAAACAGAUGAACAGCGCUGUAGACUGCAGGAGGCCUGUCGGGAUAUCUUGUUCUUCAAAACACUGGAUCAGGAGCAGUUCUCUGAAGUGCUGGACGCAAUGUUUGAAUUAAGGGUUCAGCCCCAAGAGCAUGUGAUCGACCAGGGAGACGAUGGGGACAACUUUUACGUCAUAGAGCGAGGCGUGUAUGACAUUGUGGUAUCAGGAACAUGCGUGGGUCAGUAUGACAAUAAGGGCAGCUUCGGGGAGCUGGCACUCAUGUACAACACACCACGUGCAGCUACCAUCAUCGCCACCCAGGAGGGGUCGCUAUGGGGGCUGGAUCGUGCCACAUUUCGUCGACUCGUUGUGAAGAACAAUGCCAAGAAGCGAAAGAUGUACGAGUCUUUUAUUGAGUCUGUGCCGUUACUCAAAUCCCUGGAGGCAACAGAGAGGAUGAAGAUUGUGGAUGUAUUAGGGGCAAAGCAGUUCUCAGAUGGUGAGCGCAUCAUCACCCAGGGAGACAGUGCUGACUGCUUCUACAUAGUAGAAUCUGGAGAUGUCAAGAUCAUGAUGAAGAGUAAAACGAAGGCGGACCAUGCAGACAAUGCGGAGGUGGAGAUAGCCCGCUGUAGCAGGGGUCAGUACUUCGGGGAGCUGGCUUUGGUCACUAACAAGCCCCGGGCUGCCUCAGCCUAUGCAGUGGGCAGUGUCAAAUGUUUGGUAAUAGACGUGCAAGCCUUUGAGCGCCUCCUGGGCUCCUGUAAAGAGAUCAUGAAGAGGAACAUCGCCCACUACGAGGAGCAGCUGGUGGCCCUCUUCGGCUCGAGCAUGGACCUGAGAGACUGAGCCUCCCACUCCACCCUGCGUGCCUUCUAUUUACACACACACACACACACGACAUCAUAAGCUUUACCCAAACUGUCCAAACAUGAGAAAUUGUAUUUGACCCACAUGCAAAGGAAUAAAAGACAAUUUUCUUUUGCACAUACACUGACACAACCACUUAGAUAUUCUCUUACACAUGCACUCUCUAAUAAAUCUACACGUGCGGACACACACACACACACACUCAGUUGGCCAUAACCUUGUUUUGUUUUGGUUUUUUUCUUCACUCCACACAAGCUUCAAGCUUUCAGCACCAGUGUCUUAGCUGCAUUCACCUGUAUGCAGGUAAAAGCAGAGGUAGGACAUACAAUGAAUGCGUGCUCACACAUACCUGACGUUUUCAGAAACGCGUCACUACUCACGCUUUAUAUGGCAGUAUUCACAUUCACUUCACAUUAGCUUUAACAGCUCUGAGUUGCCUCAGCCAAGGACACGCAAGGACACGCACGCACAUGAAGGGGGUAAACUUAACUAAACAAACCAUAUUUGCAAAAACACAAAAUGGAGCUGACAAACUUAAAAAAAUGUUGAGGAAAAUGCAAAAAAAAAAAAGAAGUAAUGAAGACAAGUUUUAGAAAACUUUUAUGAACAUAAAAACACAGAAGGUUUGAUAAAAUAUUUAAAUAUAUAUAUUAAAAAAAGUGUUUCCUCCUUGAGAGGUCAGGGUUCAAAACAAAUUAAGGACACUCCAUUUCUUCAUCUGUUGUUGAUUGAGUUCAGUUAGUGCUGGUGUUUAUUACAGUACCACAGAGGAAGUGGUAAAACAAUAACAUUCUCCAUUUCUUGGACUUUGUUCUAUCGUUGACACCAUCACUUCAUUGUAUUCAAUUAAUUAUUAAUGUAUGUUAUGUAUUAAUUUUUGGUUUUUUGACCAACUGAUAAUUUCAUCCAUCUCUCUAAAAACGGGGAAAAAAGCUAAUAAAAAAUGAUUAGUGCUUAUUUCUCCUCUAAUAUCUGAAUGAGUUGUCCUGGAUGAAAAAACAAAAAAGACAAAAGAAAAAUAAAGCAAACUUUUUGUUAAAACUG